ACCCUAGACGUCAUUUUAGACAGGCCCAGUUCAGCCAGAAUUAUUAACGGAAGCUGGCGGCAGAAUCGAACAUCUCGUUAGUUAACUUUUUGUAUAAAACGACUUGAUGGUUAGCUACUGUAGCUAGAUGAAUGGUGUGGAAAGACGUUAAUUCGUAGUAAAGUCUUAUAAAAUGGGCGACCUUGACUCUGGCAUAGUAUACGUACGCGAGAGAGGACAGCUUCGUCGCGUCAAUAACAUUGUGCUCGCGGAGACGAAGCCGCCUUCAUCAUCAUCAUCACACAGAACAACAAACCCUCUGGCGUUGAAAAAGGAGCAUUUCGUCUUCACCUAUAACAAAGAAGGCAGUUUGAAGUACACUGCCAAAUCCCUCUACGACAUAUCUUUGCUGUUUGUAGCGUACAACAUCAACCAUGUCGAUUCUCUCGAAGGAUUUCCUGAACAAGUAGGGGACAGACUCUUCGCCGCCGCGGAGGAAAAACAGAUAUUUUCAGAUCCUGAUGCAGCCCCUAAGGCUCUGCAGUUGUUCAGUGAUGCAUACGGGGACAUAGUGCUCGGGUCACUUUGUUUACGGCAUAGGUUUCCCUUGCUGUCUGAAAAGCUGGAAGAGAUCAAAACGUUUCAUAGUCUGAAGUGCCUGGAUCUCUUUGGCUGCAGACUGGGAGACAGCCACGACAUCUUCCAACAUCUCACAUCAGAUGCAUUGUCCAGUAGCCUGGUCCAGCUGUCCAUUGGUGGUAACAGCCUGUCAGACCAGGGUCUCCAGAGACUGACAGCCCCUGUCAGGAUGAUGAGGAGGGGGCUGAGACACCUACAGAUACUGGACCUGUCCUACAACCCGAUCACUGAGAAGGCAGUUGGAUAUCUCACAUGCCUCCCAAAGCUACAAGGUCUUGAUGUAUCAGGAACUAACAUAAAGGUUGGCCCGUCAUUCAAGCAGACCGUGAGGAACAGCAUUGGAUUGGUCCUGUCUGAGAAACUACUGGAGGCCUUCGACCACUCCUGUUGUAAAACACAAGGCUGGGCAGAACAGGUAGUAAACCGGUGGGAGUUGAGUGCGACAGAACGGCCCAAACUAAAGAAGAUCCAAGAGUCAAGAACAUCAGCUAUUCGCUUUUUUGGCAGAGAGAAGUUUGUCAGAGGAAUCCUGAGCGCAUCACCUCUGAUCCAGGAUAAAGAACAAGACAAAACCAGGGAGAGGAUACAUUUGUAUAAACCAGCAACAAGCACACACACACAUCAGGCCCAAUGCACAGGGGCUAAAAGAGGACAAAUUAAGCACUCGUCACUCAACAGCAUUGAAAUCGCAGGGUCCACCAACGGACAUGUAAAACCCUGUUCACGGAACAAGAAGAGGCCUGGUAAACAGCAGGUCGGGGACAGUGGUCAUCACAGCCCUCCUGUUAAACGUGCUUCUUCAUCACCAGCUCUCACAGCAGGCGAUUUGGAUCUACUCAACAGUUACUGAUGCUUUGUCUCCUCCGUAGCCGAGGUCCACAGUCCCCAAAUGUGUGUGUGUGUGUGGGGGGGGGGCGUGACAAUGCACUGCUCAAUUUGAACUCUUCCUGAUGUCAUGCAUUCAGCAGAGUUCAGCUUCCACCUCUAGUUUAGCUUUGGUGGUUUUUGUUUUGUUUGUUUAAGUGGACCCCAAGCACUCCUUAGAUGGAAGAACACUUGGGAGUGUUUUCUUAGUCAAUCUGCAGCUUAUUUACGUUUUUUAACUUUUUACAAAUAAAAUUAUAAUGUUUUA